CCUCACAGAAGACAAGAUAAGAGGAAUUCAGGAGACAUCUAUGAAGAGCCCAGGCCCAUGGACCAUGAAGACCGUCUCUUUGAGUUCCAUUGUUCUCCUGGCCUUCUUCCUCGGUAUCCACCUUGGAGCUGCCGCACAAAGCGACAAGCCUUGCUGCCUCUAUUACAGCCACCAUGUGAUCCCGUGGAACUGGGUGCACUCCUAUGAGAUCGCCAAAGGCAGCUGUCCCCAAGAUCUCAUGGUAUUCACUACAAAAAGAGGCAAAUUCUGUGUGCAACCAAAGGCCAAGUGGGUGCAGACAUACAUUUCUUUGUUGGAAGCCCAGAAGCAUCUGUGACCCUGCUGGAUUUUCAGCCCAAGGAUCCCUGAAUGCAGUUCUUGGCUCCUUUGCCCUCAUGGAGCCUGGUGAAUUCCUUUAGAGGGUUCGUAGUCCUGGGGGAAGGAGAGCAUGGUUUGUUUCCAUUAGAGGUUUUUAAAAUAAAGAUUUGAUUUCGCUAAGA